UGAACAUUCGCUCCCUGGAAAGCAGGGAAAACGUGAUGGAUCUGGUUCCGGGCAGAGAUUACUGCGCCUCGAUCCGGUUCAACKRCAGCCUGAUUCACCUGUCGUCCAACUUCAGCCAGCCUGAGUGCAUUUCUGUCCCAGGACACUUUUAUUCAGACGCAGUCAUUUCUGCAGUGCUGAGUUUAUUGGUGUUGGCCGUCAUCGCCGUCUUAGCUCUGCUGGUCUGGACCGGUUUCAUCUGUCUGAAACGGAGUCCGAUGCCGUCGGUUCUGACCUCCAUUUCUCACUUAGAAGAAGUGAAAGUUUCGUCCUGUGGAGACGCCCCGUCGUCUCUGCUCAACGUCAGGUCGAUGGYGCCCCCUGCAGGCAAGAGGACCUCCAGCAGUUCAGAGGAAUCGGACAAGGAGAGCUGCACAGAAACCUCCGGUAUGAGCUCCUCUGGUGCGAACUACGCUCUGCGUCAAGGCGCCAMCCCGCUCUCCUCCCCCUCAUCAUCUUCAUCAUCCUUAUCUUCACCUUCCAAACCGGAACCUCCACCCAACCGGACCCCAAUAUCGCAACACGAGGUUCUAGCUGUUAUAGAACCUCGGCCUGGAGCUGAACAGAAACUUCAUAGUUUAAAAAAAAGGAGAACUGAGGAAGAGCAGGCGGCGGUGAACGUUGGACAGGAAGUGAACCUCCUCACAUUGACGUUCGGCUGGCCRGAGAAGCAGGAGGAAGAGGAGGAGACGGAGGAGGAAGAUGGCUGCCCAGAUGUUCCAGAUGAGUUGAGCGCUCUGGCAACUCCUCUGGUUCAGCCUCCUCAGCCUGCUGACGAUGCCGCGGCGUCAUGCUGUACUGAUACUGAUGAMGAUGAAGAUUACGAUGACUGCGACUACAUGCGCAGACAGGCRACGUGACGCGUCCCCGAUCCGGUCUGGAUCAGCUGGACUGACCCGGCUCUGGUCAGGAAUACAUUUCCACUCCAUCUUCAUUAGAACAAUUCUACACAUAGAUUUGUGAUCAAAUUGGACUUUCUUGUGUCAGUCGCUGCAUGUUGGCACUUUAGAUCAUUUAGUGGAAGACAUUCAACCUCCACAAAUCCAAGCCAGUUUGUUUUUUUGUUUGUUUUUUAKAUUAACAAAGUUAAACGGAUAGAAACAUAAACGCACCGUGCGGUGGGCGCCUAACGAGCCGCUCCUUGAUGAACCCGAACGCAGCCGAUGUUUUUYCCUCAGGGAGAUGAGUCGCUUGAACCAUGUACAUGCGUGAAACCCGUCGCCAUGGUAAUGGUUCAAACUGCUUUCCAGCCCUCCAACGACCAACCACGGUUAGUGGCUGGAGUCCGUUCAGCCCACAAACUUCAGAACCCGGGGUGGGCUUAAGGUUUUAUUGUUCCGUUUUCAUAAGGAUAAAGUGACAAUAAGGGCUACUUGCUUCUUUUCUAGGUAAACUGUAUGGCUGUGUAUCACAUGAUAAAUUUUGCUGGAUGAUAAAUUGUCCCUGAAAUUAUUGCGUUAAACGAUAUUAUCAUUUUGACAUCAUUAACCAAUCUAAUAAUAAUAAAGGCAUAUUUAUGCAAGUAUACCAACUCAAAGAUAAAAAAAAAAGUAAGAAUUUCUACAGAAUAUUUAUCUGCCAAAUCUAUUUUAACUUAUCGUGCGAUCAAUCGAUUUAUUGCUUAUUGUGACGGGCAAUAAUAUCCACACAAACACAAGUAUUACUCUUGAAAAACACUCCUUUUUGUAAAGGUUUCCUAGGCCAGUCACAUAAAAAAUAUGAUUUAUAUAAUUGGACUGCAAAUCAUAAAUGCUUUUAAUCAUAUUUUCACAUUUAUUGAUGCUUCCAUUGAACAGAUGGUGGGAAAAGUAGUAAAGGUAGAACUCCUGAUAAUAUGGGAGGUUUUAAACAUUAAUUGGAAUUUAUUAUGACAACGAUGUAUCAAAAUUUUUGCCAUAAGAAAUUUAUCACGAUAAACGAUACGAUAAACACCGACCCCUAGUUCUUGGUUUUGUUUCCCAAGUCUCCUGCUCGAUAGUUUAUGUUGGCUCGCUAAUGAGGCAAUGAAGCUUCAAACUGCUUCACCACGUAGAGACCAUGAGCACCCUUUGCAUAUAAGCAACACGUCGGGUGUCAUUGUCUCCCAUCACUCCCAGAUGAACCGUCUCGUUGCAGAGAAACAAGCUCAGUGCUCCCGUUAGU